CCAGUGCUCCUGCCAAGUUCCCAGCCUUUCCUUUUCCACCUGCUGGGCCUGGAGUUGCUAGGAGCUCCCUUAAAGGCCUGGAGGGCUCCAUUUGGGUUAACCUGAGACCCCUUGUUAUUCUGUUCAGUAAGAAACCUCAACAGAGCCGAUGGCCCCCAGAUGGUACAGCCUAGAAAUGUAGCAUGGCCACCUCAAAAGCUACAAAUGCCCCCAUCUCCAGACAGCUCCAGCCUGAAGGAAGGUCAACACUCUGCCUCUCUGACCUGCAGCCUCAGAGGAGGGGGAGCCUGGCAGAUAAGGCCAUGCAGAAGUUGCCUUCCCAGGGAACUGUGGGAUGCUUUUCCAUAAGUCAUAGCACUUAACAACUGAAUGCUGUCCCAGUGUAGCUGCAGGGCAAUUGAACAACCCAUAGGCACACAAGCGUGGAUGCAAGUGUAGAUGCAAACCAUCCUGUUAGCUUUAAUUGAACUAUGCAACCCCAGCUAGGAACAGUCGCACUCACUCGGUAAUGCAGAAAGGCCUAUGGGAGUUUGGGCAGCACUCGCCACUCCCUGUCCUGAGCUGAAAUCCUCAGUCACCUCCCAGGCAACUCACACAUUUCACCUUUUCUGAGACUCUAAACCAUAGGGGUCCUAAGUGCUGCAGCCAGAUGUCUCCCUUGGGCCAGGUUGUGUUCUCCCCCGUUCUCCAUCACCUUCCCAGCUCUGAAUUUAACUCUAAAUCCCUUGCCAAAGGGGUGACAUGCCCCACUUUCUCCUCUGAUCUUCCCCUGACCUCUUUCUCCACACAUGCCACCUCUUUCCUUACCUCCCCGCCCCCUUCCUUUAUUGGUGGUCAGUCACUGGAGGCCUUCACCCUUGCCCUACAACCCCUCCACACUGGCUGUGCUGGUGCAAAGGGGAUAUAGGGCAGGUGUAAGCCCCCCCCCCCUUUCAGGGAAUACCCUGGCACAGAAGAUUGUCUGUGGGAGCCUCAGAGCCAGCUCUGUACCUGCUCCCCCCCUUGGAAACACCCAGAACAGGGGACACUCAAGAGCAGGCUGGGAACAGGAGGGUAGCAUCUGGGUUGUUGUGUCUUAGAGCUCUAAACACUGUUACAAACAUGCUGAAACCACACUGGCACAGUUGGAGUCCGAAUAACCAUGUUUAACCCAAUCCCUAUACACCACAGUUGUCUCAAAACUCCAGCUAUUCACCAUUGGCAGGGCCCAUAUGGGCCUUGGAAACCAGAGCACACCCUGAGGGAUGAAUCUGGGCCCAUGUUUUCUCCCCUCCAAUAUGCCAAUACCUCAGAGUUCAAACAUAGGAAUCGCUGCACAAGAGCAGAGCAGUGAUCCACCUACUGCAGUGUCCAGUCUUUCACAGUGGCCAGAACCAGAUGCUUCAGAGGAAGGUGCAAAAUAAUAAUAGUUAAUAAUCCAGCUAUGGAAUAACUUGCCCACAGGAGAAGUUUCUUCCUGCCCCUGUCAGUUCUGAUUUACACCCGGAUGCCUGAGGGUCUGUAUCCCUUACACAAGUCCUGUCACAGUGUGAGGAUGGGUGUCCUCAUCAUCCUUUUUUCAUCCUACUACUGGUCAGUGGUACAGUAAAUUGGCUUGUCAAUUCCCUCAGUCCCCUGCCUAUCUAGUUCCUCCACUCCCCCUCUCCCCAUGGUCUCUGUGCAGGCAGCAUGCCCAUCCGCCAGGGCUGCUCGGCGGUAUGAGAGGGGAAUUCCCAUCACUGCUCCCUCAAUCCCUAACUGUCCAGCGACUCUUCUUUACAUUUCCUGCUGGAGGGCGGCUUGGGAUCGCAGACAUUUGGGGCCCCGAUGCACGGGUUGCGCGGUGCGUGACACACGCGGGUCAUUCCCGGGAUGGAUGCAGACGGGACAGAGCCUGGACAAUCUGAGCUUCGUCCGCCACCUGAUUUAGUAACAGCCCCACGGUCCCCGGGUGUCUCUUUCCGUGUUGUAGCGGGGAAGUUGCUGCGCCCUCCUGCCCAUCCCAGCCACCCUCCCACGCCCCGGCUGGCUCCGGGCAGCUCUCCCCCUUCGCCACUUCCAGGGCAAUGUUUUGACCCUUAGACCCUUAAUCCAGGCUCGCCCCGCUGCGCGCCUUCGGGCUCUGCCAUCAGCUCCCCCUCCCGCGGCGGGCGCUGCCCGGGGAGCCGCAGCCCGCGCGGACGCUGCCUCUUUAAGACGCAGCUGGUGGCCGAGCUGCCUGAGGAUUGGUGCUUUAUUCUAAAGCCGGGGGAUGAGCUCAUCUGCAGCCAACCGCAGCGGCUGUGGGGAGCCGGCACCUCGCUCCGCGCCCGGGGAAACCGGCCCGGCCCCAGCAGCGGGCCGAGGGGAGCGGCUCCAUGGGGGCGAGGUGGGUCCCGCACCCCCAGGGACCAGGCUCCUGACUCCACCAGCCCUUUUCCAGGAUUGCAGGGACUGAGCUGCUGAGGAUGCCCUGAGAGUGGCCAAGCCAUGAGCAGAGUCUCCCGUGAGCGCCUGGACUCGGAGUCCUGCUCCCGGGCACUCUCCCAGGCCCGAAUGUACCUCGAACAGAUUCGGAGCCGUGUCUCUCCAGGGGGCCCUGAUGUGCAUGGAGCUGGGAAGCGGGAUUACCUGGUGGAUGCAGCAAAGCAGAUCCGCCUGGCACUGGAGCGGGAUGUGAGCGAGGACUAUGAGGAAGCUUUCAAUCACUACAAGAAUGGCGUGGACGUGCUGCUGAGUGGCGUGCAGGUCGACCCCAAUAAGGAGCGCCGUGAGGCUGUGAAGCGGAAGAUCACACAGUACCUGAAACGGGCUGAGGAGAUCUUUAACUGCCACCUGCAGCGGACUCUGGGGAACGGGAGUUCCAUUGCCACGGUUUGGCAGCUUUUCUGGCUCCCCACAGAUGAAAAGGGAGACCCCUUCCAGCUGCACCCCUGGACAAGAACAUCUCCAGGAUCCUCAUUCUCAUUUCUCACUGCCUCACAGGGCUACAGCAGCCUUCGCUUUCGGCCCAUCAGGACACUCAGCUCGGCUGUGGAAAACCUGAGGCGCUGCAAGGUCGUGGGAGUGAUUGAGAAGGUGCAGCUAGUCCAGGAUCCAGCCACUGGGGGGACCUUUAUACUUAAGAGCCUCCCCAAAUCCCACGUGGAGACCCGUGAGCGGCAGACCAUCAUCCCGCACGGAGUCCCCUUCAUGGCCAAGCUGCUGCGCUACUAUGUGAGCGAAGACUCCAUUUUCCUCCACCUGGAGCAUGUGCAGGGGGGGACUCUCUGGUCCCAUCUCCACUCCCGGCCUUGUUUAAAGCAAGGUUCUUUCGAUGUCCCCGGUAGCCUAAUCCCAAAGCCCAACUCCGCUCUGGUGGGCCAUGGUGAGGAGCAGCGAGUAGGAACCUGCUCAGGGGCUGGCUCUCAGUCCAGCCAGAGCUCCAGCUUCUGCCCAGAGAAUGGCACUGACCUCCCAACCUCUGCGAAUCGCCACCCACCAGAAAUUGCUGACCAAUCGUCCUCUUGGGAGCAGUCACCUGACCACAUGGAUGCCAGACCAGGGACUGGUUGCAGGUUCCAUACUGGAUCCGCCGCCAAUGGCCAUAAGGGAGUUACUGGGGGGAAGGAUUCAAGUGCAACACACACUCUGUUUGGUGUCACUGAUUCUGUCUUCAUGGCAAUGGCCAAGGGACGCAGCCAUCUGACCAACCAGAGCUUGGCCUUCCAGUCAUGUGACUUGUUAACCAGCAGUGAUGGUGUCAGCAGUGUAUCAGAGAGGGAAGCGUCUCAGCAGGACACACGGCUACUGGCUGAGGAAAGGCCAUCCCAGUCUUCUGCUGCAGUCCCGAAGGCUAUGGGAGGAGGCCACCUGGUGAAGGUGGAACCUCAAGUUUGCCAGGUGUCUGAUGCUCCCUGGGCUCAGCCCACACAGUCCCCAGUGGCUCCCCCAGGACAAAGGCAGCUGCAUCCUGGAACCACCCUGUACAGCUCCAGCGAGUCCUACUGGUGUGACUCUGGGGGGCAGGAGUUGUUGAGGAGCAUCUCAAGGGCCCGAGAAGGAGCAGGCCAUGGUCAGCACAGAGAGCAUCCAACUUCAGGACAGCGUGGGCCUCCAACCCAUUGCUCUUUCCUAGGGGAUGGCCAGGGGACCUGGAAUGUGAACGAGGAGCUCAUCCGGCUGUGGGCAGCCGAAAUGCUCUUGGCUCUGGAGGGACUCCAUCAACAGGGGGUGUUGUGCCGGGAUCUCAACCCCAGAAACCUGCUGCUAGAUGGUGCUGGUCACAUCCGUCUCACCUUCUUUGGCCAGUGGACAGAGGUGGAGCCACAAUGCUGCAGCCAGGCCCUAGAAGAUAUGUACAGCGCCCCAGAAGUGGGUGGGAUUUCUGAGCUGACUGAGGCCUGUGACUGGUGGAGCUUUGGGUCCCUGCUGUAUGAGUUACUGACAGGAACGUCGCUGUCCCAGAGCCACCCCUCAGGGAUUCACCCUCACACCCAGCUGCACCUUUCGGAGAGGCUCAGCCUGCCUGCUGCAUCCCUGCUCACUGAGCUGCUGCAGUUUGAUCCCAAGCGACGCUUGGGCUCUGGAGGAGGCGGAGUCAACAAGCUGAAGAGCCAUCCGUUCUUUAGUACCAUCCAGUGGAACAAGCUGGCUGGCUAGACAGACCCAUGCGGAGCAGCAAGGAGUGAAGGAUGGUGUCAUGGUGCCAGGCGGGGGGCUAGCUGCUGAUGUGCUGGGUGGGGCCCAGGGAGAGACCCAGAUCCUGCUGGAGAAGCAGAUUAUCCCCCUAGAUCACUGGGACCUGUGAUCCUGGGUGGUACUUGCAGCUCUGCCAGUCUGGGGGAGGACCACUUCUGCAAGGGCUGAUUGUGGGGGUCUGGACUGGGUCCAAUUUGCAGCCUUGGCUUCUUCCUCUUGGGCUAAUUUCCAUUUGUGUUGCAGUGGCAUAUCCAAGAGAUCAGGCCAGGCUGGGGUCAUGUCAUGUUGUCUCCCUGCCCUCCUUCCCCCAGGUCCUCCCAUUCUCACCCUACAUCUAACCCAACCCUGGUAAGGGUCACUAACCCCUACAGGGGCAAAGACAUCAGUGCCAGGGGGCCUAACUCAGCCACUUUAGCCUACUACCUUGCCAUCCCAUGGGUUCCCUGGGACAUUCCUGUCCCUCUUUACCCACAAGCUCUGUGGGGCUCUCCUUGCCUGGUGCUUUGUGUGGGAAGCGAGUCUCUGUAACUAUGAAUGAGACUCCCCUGCUCGCCUAGGGGGGUAGUACCUCCCUCUGGGGCAGGCUACCUGUUAGUGUCCAGCUCCUUCUCUGCCCAUAGACUCCACCAGCUCCCUGGUUCUCCCUGCCCUUAUCAACUGGGGAUCCCACCCCACAUCCCCGUUACUUUCUCCCCAUUUCUCUGCUGCUGUCUGAGCUCUUUAUGGCUAAUACAUUCCCAAUGGCUACCGCUAGAUGGAGUCUGGGGUUGUGGUCUGUGUGUCUCACUGGCUGCAUGUGCACUAGCAGCACCUACCCAUCGUAUCUUGUGGGAGGGGUGGGGAGGAGCCAUCCCCCCCACCCUCAAGUGUGUGAGAGGCUCCCCCUGGGAUCUCUGACCUGCUCCGAGUGAAUGUCUGAAAUCAAUAAAACAGCUUCACCCAAGUGGAGGAU